CAACAAAGAGAAUGUCUCAAGCAACAAGCUUAUUGACUCUAGUUCCACUUUAACCGAGUCCGAGUUGGAAAGGGCUGAUGACAAGGCGCCUAAACUACCCGAGCAAACCAUUUCAGAAAAUUCUCUCCCACAACCAGAUCUGGAUGAAGAAUUUUUGGAGAUGUUAGGAGAAGAAAUUCCGUCGACUGAAUCACAGGUUAAGGUAGAUGAAGAGGCUCCAAAGAUAAAUCUGGCCAUUGAACGUCAUCUGUCAGAGAUUGCUAAAAAACGUGAUAAACACUUCGUAGACACCCAGAAUUGCCUUGGAACAGCUAUUGUCUCCCUGAGUGCAGCUGUAUCAUUGGCAAUGAACAUAGAUGAAAACAUUGACUAUGUCCAACUGAUGAAAUAUCUUUGGGACACAGGAAAACUCCUGUGCGAGGUUUAUCAUGAUCAAUCUGUCGCUAGGAAAUCGUUUAUCACACCUGUACUUGAUAAGGCAAUCAAACCAACACUUGACGCUAGUAUUUCAGACGAAUGGCUAUACGGUGAAAAUUUGACUGAUCAAAUUAAAGAUAUAAAAGCCAUCGAGAAAGCCUCGGCCUCAUUGAAAGCUCCAGAGAAAUUUCCAGCAAGAAAAAUUCUUCCUAGACCUACGUUUCAGGGAAACUGGGGGAACCCACCGACCAGGCAUGGCCAGGUGGGUCAAUAUGCACAGAAAAGGUUUACGAACAUGAAAUACAAACCCAAAUCGACGCCAUCACAGUCAUCCCAAAAACCCAGCAACGAGAAAACUCGAACAGGAAACAGAUCAAUCAAGAAGUAGAGGCAGAAAAUGCAUCCUUUGGCCCCAAAACUUUCACUAAUGGCAGGGAAAUUGUCAAGCAAUCAUACCG